AUCUUACGCGUAGAAACUCUCCAUUGUUCUUCUCUCACUUCAUUUUCUCUCUCUAAAAUUCAAAGGAAAUCAGAAAAAUGGGAUUUCCCAUAGGCUACCCUGAACUCUCCGUUCCCAAUUUCUUCCUUUACAUUCUCUCUAUCCUCGCCUUUCUAAGAUCCAUAGUCAUCUCCUUCCUCUCUCUCCUCCACCUCUCCGACUUCCUCGACACCGAUUUCUCCACCGCCACCGUAACAGAAUCAAACCCCCACCGUCCUACCCUCUCCGCAAUCCUCAUCCGCGAUUUCCUCCCGGUCGUCAAUUUCCGUGACCUCGCCGGAGAUUCGAAAACAGUAGAGUGUGCGGUGUGUCUGGACGAAUUUUCCGGCGAGGAAGAGAUCAGGUGUAUGACGAAUUGUAAACAUAUUUUUCACCGGACGUGUGUGGACCGUUGGAUUGAUCAUGAUCAGAAGACGUGUCCGCUUUGUAGGACCCACUUUGUACCUUGUGAUAAAAUGGAAGAUUAUAAUCAACGGUUAUGGAAGGCUUGUGAAUCUGAAUGUGUAGAUGAUGAUGUUUCUCUUUUUUCUCAACAUGAUGACGAUCACUACAUUGCUUCACUUUGAUUUUUUUUUUUUUUGUUUUUGAUUUUUUUUCUCCUUAUAUUUUUAUAGGAGUUUUUUUCUUUUUGGGUGGUGAAUUUGUAUAUAAAUGAAACCAAAAAUGUCAGUGUAUGGAUAAAAAGAGAGAAAUUAAGGUUAGGAUAAUUUAGCUUUAUUGUAUUUUAGGGUCCUUUGUUAGUUUUUUUACUCUUACAAAGAAAAGAAGGUUUUGGUGGACACUGAAUGAUUGAGAAAGAAUGAGUUUUAUCGGACAUGUAAGCUGAAUUUUCUUCUCUUAAAUAGGCAAUAUCUAUACGCAAAGUUUAGAUUGGUACUCCUUCCUACCUGAAUUAUAAAUAAAUAUAUUUUU